AUGCCAACAAAGCUUACUGGUCAAGCUAAGUACGACCAGGAUCAUCAUGGCGGUGGGAAUGGAGAGCUUGAGUCCUCAAGGAUACAAAGAGUUCUACCUGAUAUUGUUGAUGAGCCUUUGACGACUACGAUUCCGUCCUGGAAAAUUGUUGUCCUGCCGUUCUUGGGGAAACGAUUCUUCAUAGCAUUCGCCUACUCCCAUGCCUUAGGUGAUGGCUUGUCAGGGUGCGCAUUUCACCGAACAUUCCUUGAAGCUCUCCAAGAGCAACAAUUGGAGACGGAUUUGAUCUGUACUCCGACACGCAAGCGUCUCAGUCCUGCAUUCGACACACCCGAGAACCUACCGAUCUCAUGGUCUUAUCUCUUGUCCCCGUUCCUUGGACAAUACCUCCCGAAGUGGAUAUCCUCACUUUUUGACUUCAGCUCAGAGUUGAAUGAUGUUACACCAAGUACCUGGACUGGCACACCGAUCUUCUAUGACGCAAAGACUCAUCGCACUGGAGUAAGCUUGAUAAGUAUCGACAGGGAUACAGUGGAUGAUGCUCUGAAAUUAUGCCGCAUGAAUGGAGCAAAGCUCACAGGUUUGCUUCAUCAGCUGGCUCUCGAUGCACUUUCAGAAUGUCUUCCCAGACCUCAUAGUUUUGACAGAUUUGGUGCUGGUACAGCCAUCAACAUGCGGCCAACGGUCAGAAUCUCAAAUGAUGAGAUGGGUGUGUUCGCAUCGGGAGAUUUCCAGAUGCAUCCUCUUCGAAAGGACACAUGGGGUGAGGAUGGAAGUUUUUCUUGGAAAUUGGCCAGGGCUAUCACGGAAAGACUUGCAAGCCGGGCAAGAGAAGUCCAGGAUCAGCCACUUGUUCUGCUAAGGUACUUAUUCAGUAUACGAAAUUGGACAUUGUCAAAGAUUGGCAGUCGUCGUGGUGAUUGGUAUGCGAUCAGUAACUUGAUGAGUUUGCAGCCUUUGGGAAAGGUUGGUCAAUGUAAUAUCAAGGAGAUGGUAUUCUGUUGCCCGACGGACGUGAAUGGUGGCGCUGCACUGUCAGUCAAUGUUGUGAGUGUCCGGGGUGGACCGAUGAAUAUCACUGUCAACUGGCAAGCUGAGGGGUUGGACUUGGGGACUUUUGACAAUGAGGCUGCGUUUGUACAUGCUGUUUGUCGACAUGUUCAAGCUGGGUUUAUUCGCUUGGGCAAAACUAUACAUGUUCCUGAGAACACGAAUCAGUAUACAUAGUCCGGGCUCUUGAUUUUGGGGAUCGAUGCUGACUUGAGAAGGAGAUAAGGAAAGAUACAAGAACAUAUGUCUACUUAGCUGUCUUCAGUAAGACGUAACUUCUAUUCAAUCGGUUAGAUCGUGCCCGUUGCACCAUAUGUUUCUGCUUAUUGCGGCCAGACUUGCCCUUUAUAAUGCUCAACGGGAACAGUACUCGAUGCUCAAAACAAAUUCCCCUGCAUUAAAUCCUUCCAUCACAUCCAGUCACCACCUAGUAUCCCCUCACCCCACUUCCAGUUAUACAAACGUCCUCUCUUCGUACCACCGAGUAGCUCUGCGUCCCUUGAUCUGACAACAAGUAGUGGUGUCUGUCGGCUUGGGUAGAACAACUGGACCAGAGGCCGUGGUCCGGUAUUCGGGAGAACUAGGAAUGACAUUUCGUGUGGAAUAUGGCUUACUGGUGGAGCUACGAAAUAGAUUGGUACUAGUGUCCUGGAUUCCCG